GUCCGUCAUAACGCAUUCGACGUGCAUGAAUUAAUAAAUUCCCCUCUUGGCUCUUCCGGUUCCUGCCAAAAUAUAAUGCGGGGGAGCCAGGAACUAGAGCUAGUUACCUGUCGCUUUGCAGGACCGUCUCCGUUGGCCCGGCUCUCGGGAUAUAUCCGGCCGAAUCAUGUCCAGCGCCCAAGCUGGUUCUCAUGACACGCGACUGACACGGGGAAAAUGAACAGUGGCAAUCUAUGCUGCUUUCACCUAAAGGACGCGAGAUGGGCAUCUCUGUGGCACACCAAGUUGCCGCCCUGAUAUGGAUUGCCGAUGUUCAAAGGCCGACGACGAGUAUAUGAGGCAUGUCGAUUAUGGAGCCGGGAAUUAUGAUGGGCAUUUGCAACGAAAAUAAAUCGCAACAAACUAGAAAUGAGACUCAGAUUUGCAUUUUUCGUCGGGGUCCUUCUGCUUGCUUCACUCGGAGCAGGCAAGGACCUCGCGCCGGCCCAAGGCCUAAGUCUGGAUGCUGAGUAUGUGAGAACAUGUGUUAUCCCUGCAAACGGAGAUGGCUCGGAUGACUCCCCGGGGAUUAUUCAAGCCUUCAAGAAGUGUCAGAAAGAUGGCGUGAUCGUCUUCAAAAACACGACUUAUAACAUCAACACCGCGAUGGAAUUUAAGGACCUAAACAACGUCAAAGUCGACAUCAAAGGAACGCUCAAAUGGAGCGAUGACAUCGACUACUGGCUCAACAACUCCCUCCCCAUCGGUCCCGGUGAGGAUCAGAACUCCUAUCCGCCCGCUGCGUAUCAAAACCAAACUGUGGCUUUCAUUCUUGGCGGGAAGAAACUAUGGGUUGAAGGCCAUGGAUACGGGACAUUCCAUGGAAAUGGCCAGGCCUGGUAUGACUUUGUGAAGGGCGAGUCCAAUUAUCCAAAUCGACCACAUGCUCUUGUCAUCACAGCUGAGGAUUCUUACUUCCAUGGGUUGCGCUUUAUCAAACCUCAGAUGUGGACGGUCACUAUUGUGGGCUCAUCUCGCCUACUCCUUGAAGACAUACACGUCAACGCAACCAGCGACAGCCGGCAACCUGCGCGAAACACCGAUGGAGCCAAUACCAUGUUUUCCGACUCAAUCACCUUCCGACGUUGGACCGUGCAAAACGGAGACGACUGCAUCGCUGCCAAGGCCAACUCCACAAACAUUCUGAUCGAAGAUACGGUUUUUCACAAAGGCCAGGGAGUCGCCAUCGGGAGUAUAGGUCAGUACGCGGAACGGUUUGAAACCGUGGAGAAUGUAACAGUAAGAAAUAUCGUGGCCCAUGCGUCACGGUAUAUUGGAAGGGUCAAAACUUGGACAGGUGAACAGAACGACUGGCCGCCGAAUGGAGGUGGUGGCGGAAUUGGUUACAUCCGAAAUAUCUCAUGGGACAACGUAACCAUUCACGACGGCGAAAGGGCUCCUCUGGUCAUCAAUCAGUGCUACACGAACGUGGCGCAGGCCAAUUGCAGCACCUCGACGUUCGAUAUCUCCGAUAUCAGUUACUCUAAUCUCCGUGGCACUAUCAAUUCUGGCUACAUUGCGGAGUUCCAAUGUAGCCGGUCUCAGGAUGGUUGUGAUGGCUUGAAAAUGAAUGGUGUGGAGUUUACAAAUGUUGCGGUUGAUCCAGAGGAGAAGGUGGCGAAGGUGAAAUGCAGUAAUGUUAACGAGCCGCUGGGGUUCAAGUGUACCAAUUAA